AUGCGAGAUGUCGUGUUCCUCAUUCAAGAUGUCGUGUUCCUCAUCCAAGAUGUCGUGUUCCUCAUGCGAGAUGUCGUGUUCCUCAUGCGAGAUGUCGUGUUCCUCAUGCGAGAUGUCGUGUUCCUCAUGCGAGAUGCCGUUUUCUUGAUUGUAUAG